UCUGCCCUACACUGCUCAAUAUAAUCAAAUUCAGGCUUUAUUUGUUUAGAGCGCUACAAUGCCAAUUGUGGUCAUUCAAUCUGUGUCCUUGACUUAAAGGCCCAUGCCCAUCCAGCGACAUGUAAAGUUACCCUGCCUGGCACUGCAGCAGUAGUAUAGCAGGAAUUCCCCUCUUUCUUUAAGUGCCACUGUGUCUGUGUGAAUGCAACCUGCUUUACAAUGAACUGAGCAGGGUGAAUCAGUGUUUUAACAGAGGUAAACAUAUCUCUUGUUCUCUCGUUUCUGGCUGUAGGUAUGUGAGAAUGAGUGGAUGAAUAAUGCAGUGUUUGACAGGGUGAGGAAAGUGAACAGCUGGAGACUGAGCCCACAGGACACUGUGGAGGUAUGGGAGAGGAUCUGUUUCAGGGCCACAAGCCUUUUAGCUGUGCUACCUGCUUUGGGAGAUGAGGGGGGUAGUAGGCGAGCUGAGACCCCUGUCUGUCUGUCUGGCUUUAUCACGCUGUGGCUUUGGCAGGACUGUUAUGACACCUACAAUAGGUGUAUUGACUCCAGAGUGGUUUUACGAAUCACUGUAUAAUAGCCUAAUCAAAAUGUAGGCAGCAAUAAUCCAGAAUAUUUAUAUUCAGUUAAAAUGUAUUGAGGCCAAAUGAGCAUUCCUAAAUGUUUAAGAUGCUUGGAACCUAGUGUUUAGCAAAACAUUUUAAUUUCAACAUUUGCUAUUUUGUGAAGUGUAUUGUGAUGAAGGGAGAGCAUGAGCUUUGUGCUUCUGAGAGGCUUUGGCACUGUUAAUCACCUGAUGGCACCAUCACCUGUGGCGGUUAGAGAUAUGCUCGUGCAUCAUAUAAAAUCCCAUCAAAUGCUGGGCAAUCUCUCCGCGCUUUGGAAUGCAGUUCUCUGAUAGGUCAGAGAGAGAUUAUCAGACAUUCAGCCGUGUGCCAUGGGAUGGGAGUGCGGGGUAGUAUUUUCGCGCUACCAAUUCGUUCAGUUUCUCAGUGCGUCGCACGAGCCCACUGGCUCUCUGAUCUGACUCUCCCGCGGUUGAGAUAAGGAUUGGAGUCUGCCUGCCAGCAGCCUCUCAUUGGGCAGAGAACCUGGUCCUUCUCACAGGGGUUGAAAGACAGACAGGAGCUGGGAGAGAGGGGACAGAGCACUACACAGACACCAGACAGUCUCAGUUUUGCACCUGAGACAUACAGCUCUGCUGUUUAUUUGUGUGUGUAUGUGGUGUGUGUAUGUGGUGCGUGUGAGUGUGUGUGAGUGUGUGUGUGUGUGUGUGUGUGUGUGUGUGUGUGUGUGUGUGUGUGUGUGUGUGUGUGUGUGUGUGUGUGUGUGUGUGUGUGUGUGUGUGUGUGUGUGUGUGUGUGCGUGCACACACUUUGGGCUGAGUCAGUAAUGGGCACCACCACAUUAUUGGAAUGUUUUGGUCGCUCGCAGAGAACGCAGGGUGAGCCACGCCCUCGCCGUUUUGCCAGAGCCUUCCAGCCAAUCCGCUGUCACCCUGCUGAGACAGGACCCCUCCCAUGCCACUGUAUGUAUUUGGGGUAGAUGUGGGAGAGAGGUGUUGGGAAUUGGGGACACUGAUGUUAUUGUUUUGGUAGAUCAGAGGAAGCUCUUAUUUUAUACUACCAACUGAUAAUACAUUAACUAAAGUCUAUGGUAUCACAUUUGAUGAUACACUGCAUAAAGAUGUUAUUCACAAGUCCAUGUUUACCAUACCAUCACAUACAGUAAGGUACGAUGCCAUGUUUACCAUACCAUCGCAUACAGUAAGGUACAAAGCCAUGUUUACCAUACCAUCACAUACAGUAAGGUACGAUGCCAUGCUUACCAUACCAUCACAUACAGUAAGGUACGAAGCCAUGUUUACCAUACCAUCGCAUACAGUAAGGUACGAUGCCAUGUUUACCAUACCAUCGCAUACAGUAAGGUACGAUGCCAUGUUUACCAUACCAUCGCAUACAGUAAGUUACGAUGCCAUGUUUACCAUACCAUCGCAUACAGUAAGGUACGAGGCCAUGUUUACCAUACCAUCGCAUACAGUAAGGUACGAUGCCAUGCUUACCAUACCAUCGCAUACAGUAAGGUACAAAGCCAUGUUUACCAUACCAUCGCAUACAGUAAGGUACGAUGCCAUGUUUACCAUACCAUCGCAUACAGUAAGGUACGAUGCCAUGCUUACCAUACCAUCACAUACAGUAAGGUACGAUGCCAUGUUUACCAUACCAUCGCAUACAGUAAGGUACGAAGCCAUGUUUACCAUACCAUCACAUACAGUAAGGUACGAUGCCAUGUUUACCAUACCAUCACAUACAGUAAGGUACGAUGCCAUGUUUACCAUACCAUCACAUACAGUAAGGUACGAUGCCAUGUUUACCAUACCAUCGCAUACAGUAAGGUACGAUGCCAUGUUUACCAUACCAUCACAUACAGUAAGGUACGAUGCCAUGUUUACCAUACCAUCGCAUACAGUAAGGUACAAAGCCAUGUUUACCAUACCAUCACAUACAGUAAGGUACGAUGCCAUGUUUACCAUACCAUCACAUACAGUAAGGUACGAUGCCAUGUUUACCAUACCAUCGCAUACAGUAAGGUACGAAGCCAUGUUUACCAUACCAUCACAUACAGUAAGGUACGAUGCCAUGUUUACCAUACCAUCACAUACAGUAAGGUACGAAGCCAUGUUUGCCACUGGGCUUCCUUUUGUAAUAGAGAAUCACUAGUAAAUGCUUCCUUGGCCCAGUUGGUCUCUGAUAUCAGCUCAUUCAGCUCUGAGUUGUCCUUCACUGUGUCAUGAUGUAAAGUAUGCCAUUCAGCUCAGUCUUUUAUCCAAAGCGUCUAACAGUUUUGCGAGCGUACAUUUUUUACGUAUUGGUGGUCCUGGGAUUAGAACCCACUAUCAUGGUGUUGCAAGAGCCAUGCUCUUCUAACUGAGCUACAGAAGACCACCGUGGAGUGACACAUGCGUCAAAGAUGUUCAUGUGGCCUUCUAUCCAAGUGUUAACAUUAGUUCUGUUGAUAUCUGACCUGUUGUUUUG